AUGGCAGCACUGUGCAGCCAACUUUCUACAGCGUCCAGAGGUCGGCUUAACUCCUCCAAGCCUGUGAUACAUCCAUCCCUGCGCUCUGGCAAGCCUCAGGCCUUCCACGUGGGCACAGAGUACAACAACACGAACUACUGGAACUUCAAGUUAAGGCCUAAAGGUGCGCCGCACGCGGUAUGGCCGGAACAGGAGGACGAAGCCCUUCCUUCAGCAGCGGGCGAGGCCAGGCGGGGGCCGGCGGCAGCGGCCCUCCCGCGGGGCAGGCAGAGCGAGCCCGGCGGGCCGGGCAGACCCGAGCUCCCAGAGCAGCGGCCCCGCCUCAUUACCGCCGCCGCCCCUCGCCAGGCGGCCCAGCGCCGUCCCCGUCCCCGCUCAGGGGCAGCCCGCAGUGCCAGCGGCCCAUGGCCGGACCCGAUCGCACGGCUCCUGCCCCGUCGCCUCCCCCGCCUCCCAAGUGCGGGCAGCCCCCUUCAGCGACGCCUGGGGCCGGGGCCGAGGCCGAGGCCGCGCCCGCCACCACGCGAGGAGGCAUCGAGGAAGCACCGCGGCCCGACAGCGCCGGGGACAGGCCCCAGCGGCCGCUGCCCGCCGGCGGCCUCCGCCAUUUCAGGAGCCCUGCCCUAUCGGGAGCAGGGGGAGGGCGAGGCUCCUCCCCAGCCUCACCGCUUCGCGCCGGACCCCACCGGCCUUUACCUCCCGCCGCUCGGCUCGCUCGCUUCUGCCGGCCGCUGGGACGGGGGAGCUGCUCGGCGGCGGCAGGAGCGGGGGAGGCUGCGCGGAGCUCGCCGCGGGGACACAGUGCCGCUCUCCGUCCGGCCGGGGAAAAACAGCACCGCGCCGCGCCGCCCCUCCCCGCCGGGCCCGCAGCGCCGCCCCGCGCGUCCCGGGCGGGCUGGCACGGCCUGCGAGGUGCGGCCGCGGGAGGCUGGGCGGCGGAGCGGUGCUGAGGGGCGGCCCUGCGGGGGUUAGCUGAGGGAGGUUCGUUCCUGAGUGAAAAAGGCAGCCCCUGCUCAGCUGGUCGCAGCUCUCGUACCCGGGAGGCGUCACUUGCCGCCUUUUCCACGUGGUUGGUGAUGCAACUGGGCGUUAAACGGCUUUCGUGCCAACCUCUGGAAAGGCCGGUUUCGAGCUUGCCAAAACACACCGAGAUACGACCUUCGGCGCCUCCCCCACACCGCUCUGUGCCGGGACUCCUCCCUACCCCCUUCAGGCAGCCCCUCCCGCGGAAGGUACCUGAGGGCCGCGCUGCGCUCCUCCCCGCGAGCCGAAGCGGCGAGGCCCGUCCUGUGAAAGGCGAGAGCCACCGCUGCCCCCAAGCUGUGGGGCCGCCUGCCGGCCUACAGAUCGCUUCCAUUGUGAUUCAUCCCAUUCGGAGAAGGUGGCACCUUCCGAUCCCCAUUUGCCCUUUUCACUGUCAUGGAGGGGUACGAGAACUGCCUCUGGCAGACAUUAAAGCGCUGCUGAUGGAACGCCUCAUCUCACAAGGGCACGAGAAGUCGCUCCCACCGCCCGGCCGCUUCUCUGCCCGCAGGCCCUGCGUGCCUUACAGCUGUAACUUCAACUGCAAGGUCCAGAGACAACAACCAGGCAGUGUGAGAUGAUGUGAGAUCACGGCUGAAAGAAGCCUCACUGCCACAAGGACUUUGUGAAUUUGGAAUAAGCUCACACUUCAGUUUUGAUUUGUGAUGAAUCUUAUUCAUGUAUUGGACGUUCUCUGCUGUGCUGUAUUCAUCAAUCUGAUAUGUCAAAUUUUAUAGAUAUCAAAAAUCCAUCCCGAUCUGUUGAAACCGGAGAAAGGAAAAACAAGCUGUGCUGAACAUGUCUCCCUGGUGUGUGAUAAAAAGUGAUAAGCUGA